AUGUCGAAUGUCCUAUGUUGGCGAGUCGACAACGAUCCAACGGUGGUUGAGGUAACCCCAACACCCUUCCAAGGGCAUUUGGAUACGGUUGAAGACCGUGCAAAUGUAAAAUGCGCGCGCAUCGUAGGGACAGCUCUACGACUCUCACUCGUCAAUAGCGCCCAUCAAAACGAAGGGUACUGGGAAGCAGCCCGAAUCCCCUCCAACGCCCUAGAUUUCAGUUUCUCUGAACCUGAUCCAGUAGGAGCACCCGGUGUCUUCAAUACAGCAGUCGCGCUAACAGUGGGAGAUCUAGACCUGUCCAAUUACCAAACCUACCUAACCGGCAAACUUCGAGAUAUUCACAGAUUCCAAUUCAAACUCAAUGCCAUCGAUAACGACUUUAAUUUUGCCCGGAUGUUGACGGAACCGCCUGCCAUUGAACAGUUCGUUUGGAGCAAUGGGACACUAUCAUCAUCAAAGUCCACGGACGAGUCGAAAUCGGGGCACCCUCGAUGA